AUGUCAACUUAUCAGUCAAAGCGCGAAGAUGGCCGCUCACGGCUUGACGGCUUCGAGAUCGAGAUCUUCAAACUCGUGCAGGAGGAGGUGACUUCAGAGCAAUGGAAGCAGUGGCUUCAAGUACCUCUGGAGCAUGCCGCGGCUAGAGGAAACUUGGAUCUCUUCACACGACUGAUGGACGCUGGUGGUUUUGGCGGGGAACGAGGCUGGCGGGGAUGCAAUGGACGAACGCUGCUGGGUGCGGCUGCAUGGGGCAAAAGCGACAAGGUGGUCCGGGCGUUGCUCGAAGCUGGGGCGGGGGAUGAUGUAAACGUCCUGUUCGGACCUGAAGGCAAGUCCGCUCUCCACGUUGCGGCAGCACGGGGUGCAGAGGAGGCCUCCAAGGCCCUCAUGGUGGCUGGAGCAGACCCGAAUUUGUUUGAUUGCAAAGGAUACCGUCCGCUCCACGUCGCUGCCAAAACGGGGCACGACCGAGUUAUCAGCCUCCUUCUCCUGAAAGGAGCCCACGUAGACGGGAAGACAUCUUCGGGAGAGACUCCUCUCCACCUCGCUGCUUCCAAGGGCCAUGCGCUAUGCAUCUCUGAGCUUUUGCUGGGAGGCGCAGACAAGGACGUGGCCGAUUUUGGAGACCAAACGCCACUAUACAAGGCAGCAAACUACAACCACCUCCGGAUUUUUAAACAGCUUUUGUCUGCGGGUGCCGACCGUUGCCGUACCAACGUCAACGGCUGGUCUCCACUGGAGGUGGCUGCACACCUAGGACACACGACCAUCGUGAAAGCCUUCCUUGAAACGGGAAGUGAAGUCGACACAGGUGAUGAUCAAGGAUACACAGCUAUACACUGUGCUGUUAAUAGACAUGGGCCUCUGGACAACGGCGCCGUUGUCCGUUUACUGUUGGAAGCUGGGGGUGGUGUCAACGCAGAGACCGGCAGAGAUUUUCUCCGAUGGACGCCGCUCCAUUUUGCCGUAGAACGUCGGAUAGCAUCGAUCGACACGACGCUCGCCCUGUUAGAGGGAGGGGCCAACACCAAUGCGCACGGUGACCACAGCGGGACGCCACUGCACGUAGCCUGCAUGCACUCCAACGUGGCGGCUGUGGAGCUGCUGCUGCGUUGGGGGGCAGAUGAGACUUGUUCGAAUGACAACGGAGACGUCCCAGCAGACGUGAUAGGAGUGUACGAUCGGGGCGACGUCAAUGACGAAGACGUCAAGGCCGACCACAAGCGCAUUCGUCGAAUGCUGGCACGUGCUCCAGCCGACCGGUCAUGGCGUCGCCGCGGUUGGCUGGUGCUGAGCCGUUCCUGCCCAACAAGGGUGCAAAUAGCAAACAAAGGCAGCAGGGUCAAUCGCAACAGUUGCCCCGCCAAGGUGGCAAGGGUUAGCGGCGAGGAUUUGGGUGGGGAUGAGGAGGAGGCGGAAAACCAGAUGACGGUCGACUGGGGAGGUUUGGUGGGAAGCCUGCUCGGACUGGAGGCUGACGGGUUGUUCCGGUUGGUGGUGGGCUUUCUGUGA